AUGGCCCCUCUCCGCGUACCACGGCUGCUGUUACAGCAACCUCGCCGACUAUACUCAGCCGCCGCAUCCCCCACGUCACGACUGAACCUCCCGAUCGAUUACAAGUCCACGCCGCUCCUUCAUCAAACCUCAUCGUCCCUAUCCGAUGCCCUCGAUCUUCCCGGUUCGACAACAACCAAGACCCUGAACCUCUACCAAGCGAUCAAUUCCGCGCUGCGAACCGCCCUUGCGUCGUCGAAUAAGGUGAUGCUGUUUGGCGAAGAUGUCGCAUUCGGCGGUGUGUUUCGAUGCUCGAUGGAUCUACAAACCGAGUUCGGGUCGGAGAGGGUCUUCAAUACACCGUUGACAGAACAAGGAAUCGUGGGAUUUGCCAUUGGAGCUGCUGCGCAGGGGAUGAAACCCGUCGCGGAGAUCCAGUUCGCAGAUUACGUGUUCCCGGCCUUCGAUCAGAUUGUCAACGAGGCUGCGAAAUUCCGCUAUCGUGAGGGCGGCACGGGGGUCAAUGCGGGGGGGAUGGUGGUGAGAAUGCCCUGCGGUGCAGUCGGGCACGGUGCUCUGUAUCAUACACAGUCGCCGGAAUCACUGUUCGCCCACGUCCCCGGUGUGCAUGUCGUUAUGCCACGGUCGCCAUCACAAGCCAAGGGUCUUCUCCUUUCGUCGAUUUUCGAGCACAACGAUCCGGUUAUCUUCAUGGAACCGAAGGUGCUGUAUCGCGCGGCGGUGGAGCAGGUUCCGAACGAAUACUACACGAUUCCGCUGGGCAAAGCGGAAAUUCUCAAACCGGGUAACGACGUCACGGUUAUCUCAUAUGGCCAGCCCUUGUAUCUCUGCUCGGCAGCCAUCGCCGCCGCCGAAAAGGCCCUCGGCGCUAGCAUCGAAUUGAUCGACCUCCGAACGAUAUACCCGUGGGACCGGGAGACAGUGUUGGAGAGUGUGAGGAAAACCGGGCGAGCGAUCGUAGUCCACGAGAGCAUGAUCAACUACGGUGUUGGCGCAGAAGUGGCCGCCACGAUCCAAGACGGAGCCUUUCUCCGAUUGGAGGCCCCGGUGAAGCGAGUUGCGGGAUGGAGUACGCAUACAGGGCUUUCCUAUGAGAAGUUCAUCCUACCGGAUGUCGCAAGAAUAUAUGAUGCCAUCAAACAAACACUGGAUUAUUGA